GAUAGACGGGUGUUGGGACCUGAACUACACUGAGCAACACUUUUUCUGUAGUUACUCAUAGAACGUCUGUGGAGGUGAAGUUACAAAAUGAGUAGGUAUUCGACUUCAAGCACCAGCCAGACAAUUGAUAACGGCAAGAAGAAAUCUUUAAUGCAAGACAACAGCUGGAUCAGAAGAGUGGAUGAUGAGGAUGACCUUGCAGAACUAGAUGGUGAAACUACCAGAUCUGUGAGCUCAUCAACAUCUGUGCAUUCGCUAACCAAAAGAUUCACUGGAAGCCAGGAUGAACUGAGGACCAGCUCCAUCCCAUCAAGCAAGACUUCUUCCUCCUACACCAAAACCACAUAUUCAACAGAGGAACCCAGGACAAGCACUACAACCACUACAGUCACCAAGGGCGGCAAAACCACCGAGACCAUCAUCACCACCAACCAGAGUCUUAAAUCUCCUGGGAUUAAAAGCCCCACCACAUUUACUGAGCGAGUCAUGUCUUCAAGCAGAGAGUAA